ACUAUAUGUUCGGGUCGGACGCGCGCGCCUCCAAGGAGGACAUAUAGCACCAGUAUGUCUCUGUGCGUCCCAUGAUGCACUUCUUCUACAGGAGGCCCUCGCAGACGACAUGACUGUCUUCGCUUGGUUCGCCGGCCUGUGUUCGUGCCUGGCGCCGCCCGGCGGCGACGCCGAGCCCGAGGCCGCCGAGGCCGCAGGCGAGGGCGGUGGCUUGGCGCCGUCGGGGACGUGCGCCGAGGCCCCGGGCACCGCGGCCGCCGCGCGGGCGCAGACCCCAGCGCAGGAGGACGGCGACAGCGACGACGAGGGGGCGCACGGGGGCGCCUGCCGCGGCGCCGCUGGCUGGCUGGCGCUCUCGGGCCUGGCGCUCCUGGCGAUCGGCGGGCCCGCGGCGGCCCACCUGGCCACCGCGCGCCCGUGCUGGAGCGCUGGCAACAUCUCCGGCCGCGAGGAGUGGGCCACCUUCUGGCCGGGCUACGCGGUGCUCGCGCCCGCGUCCCUGGCCACCGCCGCCUGGACCGUCGCCGUGCGCCGGCGCGCCCGCCCCGUGCCGCUGCACCAGUGGACGCUGCGCUUCGGGGCGUGCGCCGCGGUCCACGGGGCCGCCUAUGUCGGCAUCCCGCUGCUGGACGCUGGGUGCCACGGCGGCGCGGCGGGCACGGCGUGGCAAGUCGCGUGCUUGAUGGUAGCCUCGGCGGCAUACUCUGGGACCGUGGUUGUCCCGUACCACGUCCUGGCGCUGAAGCUGGGCGCGCUGGGCGCAGGCCGCCUGGCGUGGGUUUCCCGCGCCGCUGCCGGGGCAGCUGCAGCGGCUGGCGUCGCGGUCGUCAUGUCCUGGUCCGCGCUCGCGGCCCUCGGUCACCCAGGCGUGGACGAAGGGCCGGUGCCGCUGGCGCUCAAUGGGGUGCUCGUCGCGACCCUUCUGGUGGGCUUGCUCGGGAUCACGGUGGUGGCGUACAGCGGGGUGCGGGGCCUGCUGCUCGCCGCGCGCUCCGCGCGCGGGGGGCCCGCGGAGGCGGCGCGCGCUGCGCGCUGGGUGCGCUGGACGGCGGCGCUGGUCGCGGCGUCCCUUCUGUUGUCGUGCGUGGAGGCGGUAUUCGUUUCUGCCCGCGGCUUCACCAGCUACAUCGGCGACUGGUCGCACGCCCGGACCUGGGCCACCGCCAUCAACAACGUGUCCAACUGCCUGCAGGUGGCACUCCUCUCGGGCCUCGCUGGGACAGGGUCGUUGCGACGAGUGGUGCUAGAUGCGUUCGAGAGCAUCAAUACGUACACCGCGGAGGAGCUCCAGGAUCGCUACGAGCAGUUUCUCCUUUACCUUGACGACGCUCAGGUAAAAUGGAUCCGAUGCGGAUUUCUACGACAAAUCGCCGCAAGAGGUUGCACCAUGGUUCGUUGCCAGGAGGUACCCCCCACCGAGGCGGUCAUUGGCCAGAUUGGCUUCCCGAUGGAACGAGACGCGCCGAAGCAUAGGUUUGUGGUCUCUCACCCGUGGCUGUCGGAGAAGCACCCGGACCUCGCGGGGGUGACGUUGAGGCGGCUCGUGGAACAGCUCGACAUAUCGGGGGCCGACGACGGCGAUGCAGUGUUCAUCGAUUUCAUGAGCCUGCCUCAGCACGACAUGCAGAACUUGGAGCUGCAGCAGUUGGAACGCGAUAUGAGGUGGCCAAAUCCCGGGGAGCACGCUGCUGUCCGCACCGAGGCGGAAGAAGAUCUGUUCAAGACGGCUCUCUCGGGAAUGGAGCUGCUCUUCAGCGUCAGCAACGUGCUUGUGCUCGUGCUACCCAUGGACGAUUACGUCGAACGGGGCAAGGAGUACAUCACCAGGAGUUGGUGUUUCCUCGAGCUUUGCCUCGCCGUCAGCUUCCACAACAUUGCGAACGCAGCAAUACACGAGCAAGCAAGAAAGGCGGUCCUCCGCGUCAAAUAUCUGCGCGGCCACACCGUGGAGGGCUUUCGCGCGGGGCUGAAGCGGACGCGGUUUACCAAAAAGGGUGACGGCGGCGUCGUCCUUGAGCUCUUCGAGAGAACGGUGAGCAAGCGCGUUCGCCGCGCAACCCGAGCCCCAUCGCCCAACCGCUUGCUCUUUCUCGGCUCGCUAUGAUUAGGCGCACUCCGCCGUCCCCGCAGCCCUCUGCGCAUCUACAGUUCGGAAAGGCGCAGCGUGAGGAAGACGACAGCGGGGGCCUGGCCACGCUCACAGGUGCAAGGUGCGGUGGCGAACGUCUCUCUUUAUCUCCAUUUCUCCGUCUGUCUGCCCCCAUCCCUCCAAGCCUCCAGGCCAUCUGCUCCACUGCCAGAUUAUUAUGAGGGACAAGAAGGGACAGAGUCAGAGCGAGUUGCAGGGUGAUGCAGGGGCGACGGACGAACGAACGAACGAACAAGACACAGCGAAGGUUCCUGUAUUUGAGCUUGGAAAGUGUUGUUAGUGCCAUUCCGUCCCUCGUCAUAUACGCUUUGUGGAAGACCGUCCUCUCUAUGUUUUUGUUUUGGGGCGGAGUCCUCAGCCCCAAGCCGCACUCUGGAGCUCUUUGACGUUUCUAAGACAGCAAGCUUGCCCCAAGACGUGACCAAAGCUGCUCCUGCUUCUUCGAGACGGGCUACUGGAACAUAUUCGACCAGUCGUCUGGAUCGCCAUUGAGAGUUCAGAAUCUCAUGUCCUCCAAUAGGUCGUUCACGCACCACUGGCAUGGCAAGUGGGAUUUCGAGGUGCAGGAGGGAUCCUUCGCCGACCAGUACUCAAGCUGGUUGCGGUCCAAGGGCUUUCUGAGGCAAUAGUGCCCACGGCUCGCGCUGGGAGCGGACAUCAGCACACAACGCGGUGUUGUGUGUACCUCUCUGGUAGCGCCCAAUCGAUGUAAAUCUAGAAUUCAGUUUUUCGGCCACCUGUUCGUCAAUGUGCUCAACAACGUUGUGUUUGAAAUUGUUUUGUCCACGGGCUGCUCUGGCACGUCUCCCAUGAGUUUGUCCAGCAGACAGUCUCCCACUGCGUGUGCAUCCAGCUUGUAACCAGUCAGGGUAAGCUGGCACUCCGACCACCUGAACUCGACCAAGCGCAGCGAACAA